GAAAAGAAUAGUAUAAUGUAUAUCGUCUUGUUCGUUUUAUUGCAAUUCGUUUUAAUUUCAAACGCGCAGGAUCAUGUAUUCAUCCGAGAUUAUUUUGUGUAUAAAAAAGUACGAAAUGUCGUAGGAUUUUCUUGUGGCGAUAUUGUAGGUGACUUCAAUCUUCUGAAAACGCUAAGCACCACUGGCAUAUUUACGAUAAUAAGAGAACCCAGCGUGAAAAUCGACUUCCGUAGGUUUAUGAGAAGCGAAACUUGGACAGUAGGUGUCGUAAUUGAUUUGCGUUGUCGCAAUGACACCGCCGUACGAAUUUUCGCUGAAAGCUCGAAAUAUCGAAUGUACGAUUACUCGUACAAUUGGUUAGUGUUGGGCUCGGAUUACAAUAACAGUAUUCCUUUCUUGAACGAUACCGCUUAUAACAUAGUAACGGAUGUUGUUCUUGCUAUAACGAACAAAAAUGGCUAUGAUCUGUACGAUGUUUUUAAUCACUGCAAAUAUCGUGGUGGUGCGUUAAACGUUACUGGGCUUGGUACUUGGCAUCGUGAGUCUGGAUUGAAAGUUUUCUUAACGCAACCAUUAAUUAAUAGAAGGGCCAACAUGCACGGCAUGAGAUUAAAAAUAUCUGGUGUGAUUCAAUACAGACCAAAGAAUAUGCGUCUCGAGGAUUACAUGCAAGACAUAAAUACGAGAUCGUUGGAUAGUAUGCAUAAAUUUGUACACGCUAUGAUUUUGCAUACAGGAGAUCUUUUUAAUUUCAGCGUCCAUGCCUCGGAAAUAAUUUAUUGGGACAGACAUAGCGUGCAUGGUUUGAUUUUCGAAUUCUUACGGUCGAAUUACAUCGAUUUCGCUAGUAAUCCAAGAAUUAUGGUGUCUGAACGAUUGGAUUACGCUACUCUAGUCGGCGCAGCAUGGCCAAUUAGACCCUGUUUCAUGCUGCUAUCGACUUCAACGAAUAAGAUCAAGUUAGAAAUCUUUUUGAAACCCUUCACACGGCAAACGUGGUACGUGUUUGCUGUUUUCGGAUUAUUUUCCAUAUUCGUUAUGAAGAUGAUAAUGAAUCGCGAAGAUAUUGGCAAGAGAGAAAAAUAUUCAGGAGCGGUGGUGCUGUCGAUAGGAAUCGUGUCUCAACAAGGUGCAAAUUUUUUGCCGAAACAUUUACCAAGCCGUAUAGCGUUAUUUCAAAUAAUUAUACAUAGCUGGAUAAUGUAUAAUUACUACUCUGCCAGUAUUGUCUCGGCUCGAUUAAGCGAACCCCUCGAUAUGAUGGAAGAUUCCGUAACUGUUCUUGCUGAUAGUAACUUAAAAAUUGCUGCGGAAGCCGUACCAUAUCUAAACUACUUUUUAUAUAAACUGAACUGGGAAUCGGAUUAUUUUCGCAAGAAACGCUGGGAUCCUCUGCCAGAAUCAAAACGAUAUCUCCCAAUAGAAGAGGGUAUCAGACAAGUCGGUCAAGGAAUUUUAGCGUAUCAUACGGAUCCUAAUACAGCUUACCCUUACGUCGAAAGAAUGUUCGAUUCAAAUAAAAUCUGCGAAUUGACGGAGAUUCAUUUGUUCAAACAAUCGGUGAUGGGAAUGUACGCCAGUCACAAUGGACAGUUCACUGAGAUAGCAAAGAUAGGGUUGACAAAGAUGUUUAAUACUGGCCUUCGUAAUCGGCAAAUCAAGCAUUGGUCGUCGAGGAAGCCACAGUGUCAACCCGACACUUUGUCCACAAGGAGCAUCACGAUCUACGAAACUGCUCCAGCUUUGAUUUUAUUGGCAUUCGGAAUACUCGCAGCUGGAAUCAUUUGCAUCGUAGAAAAUAUUAUUUACAAUCGUACGAUGAAGAGUACGGAGAAAAUUGCACGAAAGAGCAGCGAAACGAAAGGAAGUUUCAGCAGUGGCAACAACAGACGUAACUUAUUAGAUAUAAAUCCAUAAUAUUCGUAUUGGUUUCUGAUUCGAUAAAAAAAGUAGAAUUUCGAUU